CUCUCCGAGCGCUUCAGCCCACACUGACCUGACCCUGCCAAAGCGAAACAAGUAGACGUGCCGCCUACAACCGGGCCGGAGCCGCAGUCCACAGCGCUUCCACUUCAGGGACGCCUUUACACCCCGACAAUAACAAUAAUAGCGAGGACACCACCGCAGAAUGGCGCUGGACAUGGCUGACUCACAGUACCUGCUCAUCCUGGCACCAUCGCUGGUCAUCGCUCUCAUGUUCCUCUUUUUCUGGCUCUUCAUGAAAGAGACUUCUUACGAUGAGGUUCUCGCCCGCCAGAAACGAGACCUUAAAUUGCCUCCCGCCAAGCCCGAUACUCGUAAAAAGAACGAGAAAAAGAAGAACAAGAAGAAGGAGACCGGUGGAAGCGGCGUAGGAGGAGGUGGGGGCGGCGAGUCAGAGGAAGACCUGAGGGAUUUCGAUACAUCUGAUGCCACUAACCCUGCCUCGAAUGAUGAGGAUUCUGAGGCGGUGCCCGUGAGUCCACCGGUUGCUGCUCCGGUCCUGGCAGAACCUCUGUCCGGGAUAAGAGAGAGGAAAAAGAAAGAGAAAAAGCCAAAAGCUUCUCCAGCUGCUGCUCCAGCUGCUGCCCCAACGGUUGUACCCCUUUCCCGUACAACCCCAUCUACCCCUCCUGCCUCAGAAGAACCGGAAGUCAAUGGCUCCAAACCUGCUGUCCGUAAGGAGCAGCCCCUCCCCCUGACCAAGCAGUCCAGCCCACCGCAGCCUCAGGCCACGCCCCCUGCACCAACUGAGACUACCAGCAAAAAGAAAGCCAAGAAGCAGAAGAGUGAGUCUGAAGAGCAUCCUCCUGAGGUCAAGCUUGAUCUGUCUCCUCCUGUGGUGAAGAAGGAGGAGCCUGUGAUCAUCGAGGUUGAGAUAAAGGCAAAGGAUGGAGCCGCCCCUAUUGCCACAGCAGCACCACCACCAAAUGCCUCCAGCGGCAGUGGGCGUAGGAAGAAGAAACAGAAGGUGGAACCUGUCGUCACAGUGGAUGAGGCACAUGUUCAAUCCUCAGUCCCGGUCACUGACUCCACCGCCUCCACAAACCACCAGAACAACCAAAACAAUGAGGCUCCGCCCCCUGCUCCUGCACCCACCAAACAUGGCAAGAAACAAAAGAGCGAAACCAACAAAGAGAACUCUGAGGUGAAGCUCAAGGAGCUGCUGGCCAGUCUGAGUGGACUUGUGCUGUCAGAUUCUGAUGUGGUCAGUCUCGUCUCGCUGCUCCGAGACAAGAGUCCCAACACUUUGGACAACUGGUAUAAGUCUGCAGCGAAGUUUGAGCCCUCGGCCCAGCAGCUCGCAGAGAAAGAUCGUCUUCUGAGCACGCUGCAGGAGGAGGUGUCUAUCGCCAAGGGCAAAGUCAAACAGUUAAGCCAGGAACUGCAGGCUGAGAAGCAGAAGACGGGCCGUGUUGAGUCUGUGCUGCAUGAACAUCGUGUUGCCAGAGAGAAAGACAUGAUGCAGGUGAAAGCUCAGAGCUACCAGGAGAUGCAGAUUAAGUUCCAACAGUUAAGAGAACAGCUGGAAGGACAGAUUGCGCGACUGCAGCAGGAAAACGGCAUCCUGAGGGAUGCUGUGGAGAGAUGCUCCACCACCAACCAGAUGGAGAACAAGCAGUCAUCCGAGCUGAAUAAACUGCAUUCGGAAUGCAACGGCCUGAUGAAAGAGCUAGCAGAGACCAAAAACAAGCUGCAGCAGGAAGAGUUGCAACGGAAGAGUCUAGAAGUCAACUACAAGCAGAAUAUGUCCCAGCUGGAGGAUGCAAAACGUCGUUGGGAAGAGCUGCAGAACUAUUUGCACAAUGUGAAUGCAGAGAGAGAGAAGCUUCAGGCCGCUAAACAAGAGCUGCAGAAUCAGCUGAUGGCUGUGGAGAGCGAGAUAACCAGUAAAAACAAGGAGAUCCAGACUCUCCACAGCAACCUGACGGACACGCUCAUCUUUAAAGAGCAGGAGCAGCAGAAGGCCAAGCAGCUGGAGCAGCAGGUCAGGCAGCUGUUGGAGGCGUCACAGCACACCAUGCAGCCUGACGAAAAACUGCAUGAACAAGUCCAGGAUCUUCUUAAUGAAAACAAUACGCUGAAAGUUAAGAUUGAUAAUCUUCAGACUCAGCUCAACACUCAGGCUACAACAGUAUCACAUUUCGAUGAGCUUCAAAAACUGCUGGCUGAAAAAGAGCAUCAGAGGAAGAGUCUAGAAGAUUCUCUUAAUGCAGAGAGGAGCAGCAGCGCCGGCAGGGAGACAAAAAUGCAGGCCAUACACAAUGAGAACCUGACAUUGAAGACAGACCUCCAGAAUCUGCAGGCACAGAUUUCUGAUCAGGCUGUAUCUGUGGAUCAGCUAAAGCAGAGCCUUCAGCAACGUGAUGACAAAGUUAAAGUGGUGGAGAACUUGCUGGAGUCCAGCCUCAUUCAGAUGUCCAAUAAGGAAUCUGAACUGAAGGCAGUCAAAAAUGAGUAUGAAGAUUUGAAACAGCAACUGGAGGCAGUACAGAAACAGACCUCAGAACAGACAAUAUCAGAAAAGACACUAGAAGAGCUACAGCAAAAGAUUCAGGAGAAGGAUGAGAAAAUUCGAUCAGUUGAGGAAAGUUUGCAGUCUGCCAUGGACAAAGAAUCAGAGAGAAAGAUGGCAAUGGAGGAUCUACAACAGCAGGUCGAGACUCUAAACACUGAACAGCUGAGGAGCAGAGAAACUCAGGAGUCAAACUCCGACUUAAACGCUAAACUCCAGGAGCUUCAUGCUGAGUUAACGGCCAAGGAUCAGGAUGUUGAGAGACUGCAGAGAGAACUUGAGAAGGAAGUUCAGCAGCAGCAGCAAACUGUUUCAACAGUUCCCAGCCCGGAAUUAUUAACAGCGCUGGCAGAGAAGGACCAGAGGCUGUCUGACCUUCAGGAAGAGCUGCUUGAGUUGAGGGAAUCAGUGGAGCUUCAUCGUAAGAAGAACAAUGAGCUCCGGGAGAAAAACUGGAGCGCUAUGGAGGCGCUGUCAGCCACCGAGACCAUACUUCAGGGAAAACUCGUCAAGAGCGCCAAGGAGCAUCAGACAGUGCUGGAGUCAGCGGAGGCCGAAUGCCGAGCAUUGCUGCACAGAUUCCUGCCGCAUGUGCCACUGCCCACUGACCAGAACCACCAGCAGUGGCUACAGAAGUUUGAGACGUCUGUGAGAGAGAGCUCGGCUGGAGAAGUGACCUCUGCCCCUGCGUCAGGAGCUGGAGAUGCCCAGGCUUUAGCAGAAAAGUUGAGAGAGGCUGAGGAGGCCCAGAAAGUUCUACAGAAAGAUUGUGAGACGUACAAGAAAGUGCUAGCAGAGACGGAAGGAAUCCUGCAGCGGCUACAGAGCAGUGUGGAGCAGGAGGAGACGUGCUGGAGGGAGAAGUUGGAGCAGUCACAGGCUGAUCUCAGAGAGAUGACUCAGAGGCUAAUCGCACUGGAACAGGAAGUGGACAGACUGAGCUCAGAUGGAGAUGUGGAGAGUCUAAGAAGAGACAAACAGCACCUGGAGGCUGAACUGGAGAGAGCGGAGCGUGAGAGCGCCACCUAUGUGUCAGAGGUCAGAGAGCUCAAAGAUCUCUUGACCGAGUUGCAAAGCAAACUCGAUGGCUCGUACACCGAGGCCAUCAGGCAGAAUGAGCAGUUGAAUUUGCUUAAGACCCAGCUGACUGUGACGUUGUGUAAGCUUGAGACGGAGGAGAGUGAGCGACAGAAAGUUGCUGGAGACCUUUAUAAGGCUCAGCAGUCUCUGGAGUUGAUUCAGGCAGAAAUCGUUAAAGAAACAGGCCAAGCUGACCUGAUAGAGACCAGCAGCCUCACGCAAACGGAGGAGAUUGACCGUAAGGAGAAGAUGACUGCAGGGUUGAAUCAGACAGUACAGGAACUACAAGAACUGCUUCAGUCUGUCAACAGACAGCUUACCAAGGGAAAUGAAAGGGAUGACGGUGAUAAAUUAUACUCUAAUUAUAAACUGUAAUGAAACCGAGGAAGUGUGCUCUCAUAAAGCCACAUGACGUCAUACCAGAAUAAGCCACCGUCAGAUUCCAGCCCCGUUUACUGCACCUGAUCUACCAUGUGAUCUCCAGUUAAACCAAUCUACCAUCCCAUCACACUCCAGUCUGGGGUCCCCUGACGACGUGCACUCAGUGAACCGGAUCCUUUCUAAAGCGGUGUCGACUCCUCUACCGUGGCAUUCCUCAUAUUCACUAGACGUACAGAGCAAAGGCAUCCUAUAGACGAGACGGUUAAACUUGUUGACGUUUCAUUUGACCCUUUUUCAGUCCAAAUACUUUGAAUACUACUAUUUGUUAGCUCUCUUUGACCAGAGAGGUUUUUAUCCUUUCGUAUAAAGUGCGUUGAGGAUAUUUGUGUUGUUUUAAAAAUAAAUUAACUGUUAGGAUCUACUGACACUCACUUUGUGUUUUCAGCUCGUCUUGAAACCCUUAAACUCAGAGGCACAUGCAAGAGAUCCAUUUUAAACCAGUAAAUGCUUUUCCUGACUAAUUAUGCUCAAUUUAGUAUUUGUUUUCCUGGGGGCCUGUUGUAAUGAGGGACAUAUUACGGUAUCGUGGGUGAAAGACGGGUUAAUUCUGUGCUAAACACCACUGCAAGCAAUUCUUUAAGUGCUGCUCAGACAGAGGCAUCCUCCUCAUCUGUUAUCAUCACACUCUAUACUGUUGCUAAUUUCAUUAACACUGAGAUUUCAUUUUUUGUAAAACAGGUGACCGGUAAUAAAAGGGAUGCUUGAUUAAAAA